AUGCCAACCAAAACUCGCACUAAAAUCGCUACGGCAGAUCAACCUGAUCCAUAUGCCAUGCGAUUUGAACAUGUCCCUUAUAUUCAAACUGAUUAUAACGAUAGUUCACCGUAUCGAAAAAGUGUAGAAGAUGUAACAGAAGAAACUCGGUAUAUAUUAGAAGAAUUUAUUAUUGAACGAGCAACAGAAGAUGGCGUCGAUAUGGGCUUGAUGAGACCUAUUAUUGAUAUUAAUCUUACUGCACUUCCACAAUAUCGACAAAUUCAACAAAUUGCUCGUCGAUUACGUAUGAUUGGUGAUGAACUCGAUGCUGAUCAAAGAAUUAAAAGCAUGGUUGAUCAAGUGCCUGUUAACAGUCCAUAUGAAACAUUUAGCGAUGUUGCUAAAGAACUAUUUUGUGAUGGCAUUUAUAAUUGGGGACGAAUUGUAACACUAUUUUUUUUUACCUAUAAACUUAUCAUUAAAUCACUUCGAGAUCAGCCAGCAUCAAUUUUACAGGUUCUUGUUGAUUGGACGGUACGCUUUGUCAAAGAACUUGUUGCUCCAUGGAUUGUUGGCAAAGGUGGUUGGUUAGUUAUCUUACGUGACGCUGUACCUCAAUCACGUUUAACAACACUUGGCAUCUUCCUCAGUGGAAUGGUAGCAACUAUUAUGGUUCUUUAUUUCUAUCGACGAAUCUGA